AUGAAAACUAAAAGAAAACAUCCAUCAAGCUCAACGUAUGAGAGAGGUAUGGCUGAAACACAAGUUUGUGGAAAUAAUUUAAAUAACGAAGCACCCAGAAAAAUCCUAACAGCUAUGUGGGACUUUGAACAGUGCGAUCCGAAGCGCUGCUCAGGUCGCAAAUUAGUUCGUUUAGGAAUUACGAAAUUGUUACGGAUGAACGAAAGCUUUGGAGGCAUUGUUCUUACACCUACUGCGACUUGUGUCUUAUCUCCUGACACUGAUCGCCAGUUGAUGUAUAGUGGUGGAAUUGCUGUAGUAGAUUGCUCUUGGGCUCAACUGGAGCAGACUGGAUUUAAAAAGUUGAAAUUUCAUCACGGACGUUUACUUCCACUUUUGAUUGCAUCUAAUCCAGUAAAAUACGGCAAACCGUUUCAAUUAUCAUGUGUUGAGGCUCUAGCUGCAAGUCUUUAUAUUCUUGGUGAACACAAUCAAGCAACUGAACUGUUAAAUAAGUUUUCUUGGGGUCAUCAAUUUUUAACAUUAAAUGACCAGCGAUUACAAUCUUACGCGAAAUGUUCUACUAGUAAAGAAAUUCUCUGUUUUCAAGAACGUUUUCUGGAUGAAAUAACGCGUGUAGAUAGUUCAAAUACAGAAUCAUAUGCUGAUAUUUAUGCUGAACUAGAUCAACAAAUUUCAGCUGAUUCUUCAAGUUCUGAGUGUUCUAGUUCAUCAGAGGAUUUCACGGAGCAAACAAUAAAAACCCACUCACCAACUGUUGAUAAUUCUGACCAACAUGAUUCCUCUAUAGUUGAAGGUGAAAAAAUAAACACAAUCAUCACUAAACAAAUCGAUACAUUGGUUAGUUCAUUUGAACGAACCAAACUUUUCACAGAAUGUGGCAAAAAUUGGGAUCGCUUCUACAAGCGUAAUGGUGUUCGAUUUUUCAAGGAUCGCCAUUGGACAACACGCGAGUUUACAGAAUUAUCAUCUUUACAUAACAGAACUCCAAGAUCUCUUCUUGAAGUCGGUUGUGGUGUUGGAAACUUCCUAGUCCCUUUAAUUGAAAGCAUGCUUUCCAUUUCAAAAGCAGGUAUAAAUAUUUCAGAGGAAUCUUGUGUUUCAGAAACAAACGGAAUUUCAAGGAUAUAUGCUUGCGAUAUUUCACAACGUGCUGUUGACAUAUUGAAUGAGCGUCUCAAAGAAUUUCCAGUUAAAUGUAAUGCCUUUGUUUGUGAUGUGACCAAACCCUAUUCUCUAAAAGCUGUUUUGUCCUCUUUGAAUUCAGUUAGUGAUCAAGAAUUCAACAAUACUGAACAUGGUGUUGAUCUAGUAACAUUAAUUUUUGUUCUAUCUGCACUAAACCCACAAGAAAUGCUCACAUGUCUUUGCAAUGUUACAAGCGUCCUUUCACCCGGCGGGCGAAUUUUGUUUCGUGAUUACGGUCAAUAUGAUCAUGCUCAAUUGAGAUUUGGUAGGGGAUCUCGUUUAUUUGCUGAUCGACCAUCUUACGUUAGACAAGAUGGAACACUGUCUUACUUUUUUACAAAAGCCGAACUAACUGAUUUAUUCUCAAAUGCUGGUUUGCUUGUACAUCGCCUUCAUUUUGUUCACAAAGAAACGAGAAACGCAGCUAAAGACCUGUGUGUGCAGCGUGUUUUUCUGCAGGCUGUUUGUGAGAGACCUGCUUCAUAG